ACGAUUAUCCAAAAUGGCGUCUCGUAGCCAUGUGGAAGUGAACGAAAGGAGACUGAGGCUUAUAUAUGACUGCCUGGACAAUGGCAACAACAAGAAGGCGAUCCAGGAGGCAGAUAAAGUCCUCAAGAAACAGAAAGAUUUCCAGUGUGCCAAGGUUCUCAAAGCGCUGGCGAUGUUGCGACUGGGCCGUCAUGACGACAGCUCAGCAAUCCUGCAGGAAGUCCAUGCUCAGCAUCCCCACAAUGAGGCUACGCUACAGGCGAUGUCCAUUUGCUACAGGGAAGUUCAUAAGAUGGAGCUGAUUGCUGACCUGUACGAGAACGCCCAUAAGUCCCGACCUGACAAUGAGGAAAUCCUGUCAGCGUUGUUCAUGGCUCAUGUGCGACUUGGUGACUACAAGAAACAGCAGCUGACUGCGAUGUCGCUGCACAAGCUGCGGCCACAGAAGAACCCCUACUACUUCUGGGCAGUGAUGAGCAUCAUAAUGCAGGCUCACAGCGCCACAGACAAGAAGCUAGCAACCAGCAUGUACCUGCCACUGGCUGAGAGGAUGACCAAGAAGUAUGUUACAGAGGGCAAGGUUGAAGCCGAAGCAGAAGUAUUGUUGUACCUGAUGAUUCUGGAACAGAUGGAGAGAUGGGAGGAUGCAGCACAGCUGCUGGAGGGGCCUCUUGGGGAGAAGUUCGUGAGUGAGCUGAAUUUCCGUGCCACGAAACUGGCUGAGCUGUACAGGAAGCUGGAGAAGUGGCCCAAGGCCAAUGCUGAGUACCGCCAGUUGCUAGUGCAGAACCCUGACCAGUGGCAGUUCUGGUCGGUAUACAUCGAUACAGUGUUCCACCUGGUGGACUGUCAGUGGGUGCCCGACGAAGGUGAUCAGUGCGCUCUAAUAGAUUACUCUGUGGAGAAAGCCCUGGCCUUCAUCACCGAGCAGAUCAAGGGAUGUGAGAACGGAAGACUAUAUCGGGGCCCUUAUCUUGCUCGUCUUGAAUUAAUACGACUACUACAGAACAGAGGCGAGGACAGCAUCAGCAUUGUAGGCUGUCCCCUGACUCUGCUGAAGCAGUAUUUCGACAAGUACAGCGACAGAAGCACCUACUUCGGGGACAUGAAGCUGUUUGUGGGCAUCCUUAAUGACAAGGAGAAGGAGGAGCUCCUGGUGUACAUAACAGAGUCACUCAAUCUUAACAAGCCGGGAGAACCCACCAUCUAUGCUCAAGAUAUCAAGCACAUGCAGCGUCAUAUAUCAGUAUUACAACUUAGUCGAUACAUAGGACAGCACAGGGCCAUGACGGACUCUGAUAAAGUCACUCUAGCCAAAGAUCUCUUAGAUAGGCAUAAAAAAGGACUUGAAUUUGGUACGGAGCUCCUUCCAACAGAUUUACAAUACAGCGACAACUAUCUCAUUCUGGCAGCUCACAUCCUCCUGGGUGCAUGGAGGCAGUCAGGUAAACAGCACUACGUGUGGCAGGUGGUGACGCAGCUGGAGCUCGGCAUGAGGAAGUCUUCCAACUUCCAGAUCAAACUCCUGCUCGUCAGACUCUACUGCAUUAUGGGAGCCUUUGGACCUUGUCCAGCUCUGUAUGAUGGCAUGGAGAUCAAACACAUAAUGAACGACACUCUUGGACACAUUGUCUCAAGCCACGUGGGCAGACUGGGACAUUUUGUGGCAGCUUGCUCGAUGUACGGAACCAUGCUACGGUUCUUCACAGUCAACCAUAAAGAGACCACAGAAUACCUCAUAUCAUCCUACAAAUAUGGGUCCUUUGGGAAGAUCAGGGAAUUUGUUAACUUCCGAGAAAAACUGCAGAACUCUUUACAGUACGCGAGCGCCACGUCUGAAAGGCUGCUUCUUGAUUUAACACUAGAAACUGCAAGUCACAAUAGUACGGAACAAAUGAUAACAUAUAUGGAGAUUGACCCUGAAAAAGACAAGACGGACAUGGACCAGCUGUGUGAUAACCGAGACUUUCAAGUAAUGAGUUGCUGGGAACCACCGGAACUGUUUGACCUUGAGGCAUUACAGAGACAAUCAUUUGAAGAGGAGAAAGCGUGGCUCCGUCUGCGGAACCUGAUGUUGCGACUGCUGGCUGCGGCAGUGAUGUUGGGUCGGCAGCCAGAUGUCAACCACCACGCCAACAACGGCGUGUCUGAGGAGCGUAAACCCAUGUCGGAGGUGAUGCAGGAGCUCCUGGAGAAGCUCACCUCCCAUUUAGAGGACUGCGACAAGUAUACCAACAGUGUGCUGUGUCAGGUUGACGGCCCGUACCGGACAAGACUUUCAACCUUCCUGUCCAGUGGCCACCAUAAGGUGUUCAAGGAGAUGGUGCAGUGUGUUAUAUAUUCCAGUAGUCUACAGGAUAAAGGUGUAGGUAAAAGUGAAGAAAAUGAAGAGAAAAGAUUCACAACAGUUGUUCCUGAGUUACUUCAAGAGGCAGUGUCCCGACACAAGUGUCCCUUAAUUCGCAGUCCGGAGGGUGAGGCUGCCCUUAACACAGAAGUGCUUGAAAAUCUUGUCCUCUGUGCAGAGACAUUAUCUUAUGCAACAAUCCUGGCGGGAGUGUGCAAUAGGAUUCUCAAGCCUCUAAAAUCAUCGUGGACGAAGAAGUUACGCAAGAAGAAGGACACAGCACCAACACAGCCCUGUACAUUCAGCAACUUCAAUGCAAUGGUAGAAGGCCUGGAAAGAAGGCCAGAUCUUCACCAGGCUGUGAAGGAGGUGGACCCUGUCUUCCUGUCCCUCAAUCUCAGCUCCCUGAAUCUGUCCGAGCCCCUCACAGACAACCAGGAAGAGAUGGAGAUACAGAAGGAAGUGUGGCUGAAGGUGGAGAACAGCUACCAGCAGUCUUCUCGAGCUGUACAUGACCACGUUCAUCUGAAACUGCAGUAUCUCCACACACUCAAAUUAUGAAGCUCUGUUUCUCUCCUCUGUCUCACAUGCUGGUCAGACUGGGUGCCGUGGUAGGACUCAAUGAGUUGGACCUGAUGUGUUUGAGUGACUUAUUGGGCCAGAAGUGUGUCAAACCUCAAGUGUUGGGCCUUUCUUGUUUGACCUGAAAUAUAGGGCCAGACUUGUUGGACCUGAAAUGUUGGGCCUUACUUGUUGGACCUGAAGUGUUAGACAUGAAGUGUUGGACCAGACUUGUCGGAACUGAAACGUAGUGACGGACUUGUUGGACCUAAAUUGUACACCAAGUGUAGGACCUGACAUGAAGGACUGAAGUCUAUGACCUGACCUGUGUUGGACC